CAUCGUCUACAAGCAUCGAGAUUUACGAAAAACAGUUAACUAUUUCAUCGUGAACAUGGCUGUGUCAGAUCUACUUUUCCCACUGAUAGUAAUCCCUGUCAAUAUUGUUGGAUUGGUGACUGAUUCAUGGCAAUUGCGCGUCAGUGGAAACUUAGGAUCGAGUUUUUGCAAGUUGUUUUAUUUCUCGAGCGCUGUGGCCCUCCAUGUUUCUGUUCAAAGCUUGGUGUGGAUAGCAAUUGACAGAUUUGUCGCCGUCGUUUUUCCAAUAAAACUUGGUCUUAUUUCACCGAAGAUUCGCACAACAGCCAUCGUUUCCACUUGGAUUUUUGCAGGUUUGUUUAAUUCACCAUUGCUGAUAAUCUCGGAUGUUGUUGUACACGAAAAUAAAAACACGUUUUGCGACUACACAGGUGGCGAUUCAGUCUACAAUUCGGAUUUUUCGGCGGCAUUUUUGUUUGCACAAUUUUUUAUGUGUUUUAUCGCUCCGUUAGUUGUAUUAACCGUUUUGUACACUGCGAUAGCAAUCGCUUUAAAAAGACAGAAUAAAGCCCUCAAUAACAUCGCACAAAAUCGAAGAAAGAAACGAAGACAAGCUAUUCGAAUGGCUGUUAUCAUUAUAGUGCUAUUUUACAUUUGCGUUAUUCCAUCGACGUUGUCAUAUUUCGCUGCAUACAGGAGUUUGUCUUGUGUCUCUCAAAAACUGCUUUUAACUCUAGCGAGUGUUGUGUUUUGUUCGUCUUCUAUGGUCAAUCCAAUAAUUUGUUUGUCGUUUGUUGAGAGUUAUCGCCGUGGAUUACGAAAUGUUUUAUGUCCUUGCACGAAAACGCCAGACACCAUAACGGCGAAACGCGAGCAAGGUACUCUACAAGGAGUGAAAAAUCUUUCCGGAGAAAAAUGUCGACGAGUUUUGAAGGACACAGAAAACUACAAAGAAACAUUGAACACUACUAUGUAGAGAGCAUGUAGAGAUGGUCUGAGACCCUAAAAGAUGCCGUGUAGGAUAGAAACA